AAUAUAUCUUAUGCACUUAUUGAGUAUCGAGUUUGCUCGCUUUUACCUAUUUAUUGACAAGUGAUAAGACAUAUAUCCAGGCAGACCCAAUUGGGCGAAUAUCGAAUCCAUUGCCAGCGUGGAAUAUUUGGACAAUACUGAUAAGGCGAAGCCCUUUUUUCCCUCGAUAGAAACAAGAAGAAAGUCGCUGUCUUCAAUGGCCUUAUCAAUUAUCUUCGAUUGGCUCAAUUCAGAUACAGGUGUGCUUACCGAAGUCCAACGACGACGACGACGACGAUGGGACUUAUCAAUUGUAUAAAACCAUGCAGCAAUCGAAAUCCGUAGUCCAGUUAGUCGAUCGUUAGUUAGCCCUUCGGUAGGCUUGGUGCGUUUUGUGUGUGUGGUGAUAGAAGCAGCAGCAGCAGAAUCAAAAUGGAUCACAACCAUAACCAUGGUGGAAUGGAUGAUAUGGAGAUGCUCUGCCCGAUGCAGAUGUCCUUCCAUGGAGGCUCCUGCGAGAUUAUACUGUUCCCGUCGUGGGCCACCACCGAGACGGGCCAGUUUGUGGGCGCGUGGAUUGGGUUCUUCCUGAUGGCGCUGCUGUACGAGGGACUCAAGUUCUAUCGGGAGAUUCUGGCCCAGCAGGAGUCCAAGAGCUGCGCCCAGGGCGAGAAGAGGAGUAUGAGGCAUUUCAUGACGGACAAGGUGCACAUCCUGCAGGCGGUUCUGCACUUGAUUCAGGUUUCGGUUUCCUACGUUCUGAUGUUGAUAGUGAUGUUGUUCAAUCUGUGGCUGUGUUUGGCGAUUGUAACCGGCGCUGCCGUUGGGUACUACUUCUUCGGCUGGAUUCGCCAGAGCAAGAUGGACCCGAACGAGUGCUGCAAUUGACAACUGGAUGACGCUGGGAGCCGGAAUGACGAAGAUGCAGGCGAAAGAGAUGGACUAACGUUGGGCUGCCGAUGUGAUUGAAGGAUUUUUUUUUGUUUUAGUUCGCGGAUUGUAAACAAUGCAAUCGAUUGAGAUGAAACCUCCACUUCCGUAGAUUUAAGUGAUCGCAAGUAUCGUUGUAUAGUAAUAGUAGGAUUUGAAUUUCGUUUCGUAGGUAGGAAUUUUGAAAAUAUACUGUGUAAAUAGAUUUGUACAUAACCACAA